CCCACACCUUAUCUUUAAGCAUCAAAACGCUGCAAUUUUCUGAGACCCUAGCCUCUUGUGUAUAGUACAGUCCAAUUUCCUUGCAAUGUUGAAGCACUUCCAAUUGGGAAAUUGGACUAUGCUGGUCUCUCCCCCAGCUACAUUACCAUGUUUUCCUAAGGUUACCUCCUUUGAAUCUGAAAACAGAUGUUCCAGAACAUGCUUUACCUUCAAAGCAGCUUUGAACAAUGUCUUCAACCCACGAGUCUACUCGAGCAUUCGUUGUGCUGCAAGACGAAGGGUGAGAUAUGAUGACGAUGAUGAUGGGGAUGGAGAUGAAGAGAAUGAGGAGAAUAACAAGGAGAUAGCAUUGUUGGAGCUGUAUAGUCAGAGUGUGAGAGGAGAAGCACUUAUUGUUCACGCAAUGGUGGAUGACCAGCCAGUGGAAGUGCUUGUCUUCAAGGGGUUCUCUUCAUGCUUGAGUUACAAGACUUCACCAGACCCAUCAAAAAGCAUACUUCCAGCAAGAGCAGUGAUAGAGAGUAUAGACAGGGUGAGAGGACCUUUUGACCCUUCAAACAUAGAGUACUUGCAGAAAGACCUAAGCUGGAAAGUGUUCAAGAGCAAUCUACCACCCAACUUCCAAAUGUAUAUAUAGUUAGACCACCCAACUUCCAAAUGUAUAUAUAGUUAGAGUGACAUAUACAAGAGCUUUUAGUCUUAUAUAUUAGUCUCAUAUACCCAUUUAGAAAUAUGCAGGUGCAAGACUUGUAGAUGGUGAAUCUCAUUGGGUUGAUUGGUCAUUGUGAUUUGUCAUGAAAAUGAAGAUGAAAUACUGAUUUUGUCUAUUAA